AUGGCGCCCGGGAGACGAUCUCGCGACACCAGUGGUCGCUUCGCGGCAUCCGAUGAUGCCUUUUCUUACCACACCGGCAAGGUCAAGGUGAAGAUUGGGCAGAGUGCCCGUAAUGCCCUUGGUGCUGCCGAGAAUGUUCUGCGUUUGGCAGAGCUUGUCAAGAAGCUUUUUGACAAUGAAAUCACCACUGAACCUUCCCAAGAGGCUAAAUCUAUUCUUACAACCAUGGGAGACAUCAAGGGUCUCACCGCCAGCGUCACGGCGAUGAAAGCUGAACAGGUGCCUUUGCCUUCCAACCACUUGGGAUCGGCCCUUCGGGUCAUCCAUCGCUCUGGCGGCAGUACCAGAAACGUAGUCCACUGGUUCAACGGCUCUUUGAGCGGUGGACCUUCAGACGCCUUUAACAACAUAUACUGCCCAAUCCCGAAUACAGGUGUGAUGAAGUUCCUCGACACAGACAUCACCCCAGACCUGCGCCAGAAAGCCGAGACCAUUCUCAAAACCAUGGGAGGUAUCCAGGGUCUCACCAUGAGCGUGGCUGCAAUCGUAGCCGAGCAGGCUCCUGAGCCGGCGUCUGACCAGUUUGGAUCGGCUGUUCGGGUCAUCCAUGACUCUGGUGGAAGUGGAAGUGCCAGAGGCACAUCUGAGUUGUUUAACGACUCCCCCACUCCUACCGAUAUCAUCAACUUCCCGUCUGCGCGCAAGAGACGCGCGACUGAAACCACCGAGCCCGACUCUGACGAAGACCUUCUCGCGCAGUUUGACGAGCCGGCAGAUCAGCCUCAGAACGCUCUUACCGUUGCACGACCUUGGCCUGCGAUGCCGUAUAUUAUCGCAGACUCCACUGCCAUCGGCAAUGGCCGUCGGGCUAUCUAUUCUCUCAUCGCUGCAGAUGAGCUUAUGGUCUUCCUGUCCGAAGAUACCGCCCAGAUAUUUGGCCAUCUUCUCCUUAUCCUUCGCAAUAAGGUAUCGCAAUCUCUUCCACUUUCAGCAGCUACCCGCAUGGCAGGCAUCAGCAAGUCUCUUGUCCCGGUCUUCGAUAUGCCGCUACAUCUUCCGAAUCCAGACUCAACCGCCCUCGCCUCCUAUAUCAGCUCUAUCGCCGACAUGAGGGUCUUCAACAACUUAGCAGACGCCCGCACACUUACACGAGAGACAGCUAAUUUCAUGAAGUCCCAGGACUGGCAGCCCUCUGCUGGGCUAGCCGUGCAGUAUAACCGAAUUAUUACACCUGGAGAGGGCUUCUUCCCGAUGCAAGUUAUCGCAGACAAGCUAACCCACCUAGGUCAGUCUUGGAAGCCGCUUAUCACCAAGCAAGGACGUAACUAG